AUGACGAGUUACUUGUAUCCUUCUGCGUUUAGUGGCGGGGAGACGAGCACGAACAAUUACACGGAGCCUUCGGAGGAGACGACAUCGGCGCUGACUGCUAUUGUAUCGAGUCUUGAUACGCAGCCCUCAGCAAACAUUUCGGAAGCGGGCAGCUUUGCAUCUUUUAUCUGUCAUUUGGCUAAACUUGACGAAUCGCUAAGACGGGGCGAAGAGUCUACUAUUUUCGGCGAGAGCGGCGAUAGGAAGUUUAGCUCCAGGACUCGUGUGGGCUACGGGACAUCGUUUCUUGUCGACAAGGUGGAAAUUGCAUACGAACAAAAGAAUGAACCGCCCAAGAAGCGACUGGCCGUGGUCAAGACGGUGCGUCAAGACUCGCUCAACCCAAAUCAGUGGCGGGAUGUCCUCCUAGAAAUCCGCGUGCUUCUCCACGAGCCGAUCCGCUAUCAUCCCAACAUUGUGCGGCUGCUCGAUGUCGGUUGGGGCGCCGUGUCGAACAUAGGCUCGCCGUUUCCUGCGCUAGUGCAAGAGUAUGCUGAUUACGGAACACUGGAUAAGCUGCAAAAGGAGCAUGCGCCGCUACCGUUCAAAAUCAAACAGAAGCUGUGCUAUGAUGUCGGUCGUGGGCUCUCGAUUCUACAUGCCUGCGGUAUAGUGCACGGCGAUGUCAAGCACGAAAAUAUUCUUGUGUUUAUCAACAAAUACGAUAAUGUGCCUGAGCAGCCAUAUACCGCAAAGGUGGCCGACUUUGGCGGCACCGUUCUCGACUUGGACGAGGAAGAGAGCAGCACUGAGAGCCACCGCGUGCCGAUGCACACGUUUCCCUAUGAAGCACCCGAGAUUACGCAGCGCCUAACAAUCGACGGUGUCAAAAAGACAGACGCCUUUUCAUACGGCAUGCUCAUCUGGCGCUGCAUGAUGGACUGCCAGGACAUCUUAACCGCGCUGGGCAUUUCUGUACAAGGCAGACCAACCGACGAACAAAGAGCUGCAGUCCAACAACUCAAGACAAGCGAGCAGCUCCUCCACAAGGCAGCAGAAAGCCUUGACAAGAUUCCCUCGAUAAAAGGCCUGCCCAAGGAUAGUCUGUCGCUGAUAACAGUCGCCCUGGCGUCUACUCUCCGCGGAGACCCUGUCCAGCGAAACAUUGAGUACGCGCAAAUGUCUAUGCGAGGAAUGACUCUCGCCGAAUGCAAAAGUUAUGUGGAAAUGAAAGAUGCUGCCAACGCCAACAUCAAACAGCGCGAGCAGUACCGAACACCCGGAGCCCACGGCAUCGACGUAGACAGCACUGGGUAUGGUUUAGGCAGAUUAAUCGGCGACGACUACGAUCCGCAGAACAAUAUGCCCGGAUACCGCCCGGAUCUUCCGCAGCCGACAAAGGACGGGUACGAGUUUGAGCCGUGGAGUCUAGGCCGCAUUCUUGACUGGCACCAGCAGACACAAAUGGUUGCUGGCUUCAUUGAGGCCGCUAACAUGCGCCACAACGCUCGUCAGGAUAAACUUGAGCCGUGGUCCGCCGCCUUCUUUCUGUAUCAGAGCUACCUCUGUGGCUUUGGCACAGCUGUCGAUCCCGCCGAGGCGUGUAAGUGGCUGCGCGCAACAGCUAACCCCAGCGACGAGACAGCAGGCGUCGACUAUCUUGCUGGUGCAUGGCUCGUUCGCGUGCACAAAGCACUGGGCGUGCCUAAUCCGCUUUCCAUUGAAGACCAGCUGGACUUUUUGCGCUGGGGCACUAUCCGCGGUCACCGGUUCUGUCUGCAGGAUGCUAACGAGCUGAUGGGUAGCCUUCCAACCGCUGCGAAGAAGAUGGAAUGGCGACACGAGAUUGACUGGGCGCACUGGAACUACCGAAUCCGCACCAAUGGCACGGGUAUGCCGUACUUUAUCGCGCGUCGCCUGUUUCGAAAGUGGGAUACUGAAGAUAUGGCCGAGUUGGACCAAGAGAUUCGCAAAGAACUAGGCGACAAGUACGACUCUUGCUUGCGAGUAAACGCCACAACAGCAACAGCCUCGACAGAUACUGCAAAAGACAAGGAGACGCCGUUCGAUGAGAUCAACGUCAGCAAUAAAGGCCACGGCCUGCUCCAUCUCGCCGCGAGUCUUGGCCGUCUCGCGAUGCUCAAGCACAUAUACACAAAAUACAACGCCAGCAUCGACCGAAAGAACCACUCCCACAGCGACACACCCCUCGUCAGUGCCUGCAAGUCUGGCCAUCUCGACUGCGCUCUCUAUCUGCUCGAGAACGGCGCCAACCCGAAUGGCUGGGAUACAGGCGAAGAAGCACCACUGCACUGCCUGAUGAACUUUACCGACGAGCAGGUCAGCGUCAUUGUCAACAGGCUCGUGCAUGCAGGCGCGAAAAUUGAGCGUCUCACGUCCGCGACGAGAAAAGACGUGCGCAUGAUCAUCGCAGACUGGGAGGACAACGGGUACAUUCGGACCACAGCGCUUGGCCGUGCCGUUUUGCACCAGAAGACGGCGGCUGUCAGGGCGCUUCUGGAAGUCGGUGCUGAUCCAUGGUAUCGCGAGGAAAUAUCAAGUGAUACUAUUAGCGUUGAACCCGUUCGUCUUGCGGCGCUGCUGACACUACCAGAAUUGCUGUUGAUGAUGCUGGGCUAUGCGCCUGAGAAUCCACACCCAGAUAGAGAGCCUCUCUAUGAUGACUGCGGGAUGCUGAAAGCAGCUCGGUCCAGUGAGAUUAUGGCCUAUGAUCCGCUGACGCUGCAGAGUAGGAUCGUGCGAUGUGGUGCAAGUUACAAGGCAGACCUAAAACAGACACUGACGGUUUUGCAAAACUGGCGAUUUGCGAAUGGCGGAGAGGCGCAAGAGGAGGCUCCUGGAGCACAGCUGUGUCGUGAAAUAUCCCUUGGAAACGACGAUAUUGCAGAGACGUUGCUCGAGUUGGGCCAUCCGGUCGACGGAUCACCGCAGUUUAGACCGAUCAGGGCAGCCGUGGAAGCAAAUAACCAGAAAUUGUUUCAUCUACUUAUGAGCAAUGGCGCAAAGCUGUCUUUUGGCGAUGAGGAGUCGCUGUUGCUCGUGUCUGCUUCACGGCCACGAUAUCGGCCCCGUGGUGAAGGCAUCUCGGCGUACUUGAUUGCGCAGGGUGUAUCUACUACACCAUUAGAUCCUUCUCAGCCAUCUGCUCUCGCGCUCGCCAUACAAAACAGAUACUUUGAGCUAGCCAACAAUUUAAUAGCCCACGGUAUCAUUGACGGCAUCAACACCUUUUGUACAUGGUCUACAGGCCGCGAGCCAGAGUCGCUGCUUGGAUACCUGCUCUCGGACCACACCAACGACAGCCUCCAGAGCAUCGAGUACCUCUGCAAGCUUCACAUGUCACCGGCCAUCCCCAUCACUCUAGAUCCCGAGGUCACUAGAGGCGCAUCAGCGCUGCAUGUCCUGGCCCAACAACCCAUGGCACUCUGGAACAACUAUUCGCAAAUAUCAGCGCGAAUCGUGCAGCAGACGCUUAACAUGUUCCCUGGCCCCGAGCACCUCCAAGGUCUGCACAUCGACGACGUAUACCGCAGCCCGCUAACUGCAGCAAUCCUCGCGUCAAAUCAGUACAUGGUUUCCGCGCUACUAGACUCGCCAUUUCAGCAGGAAGCGUCGCUAGAAACACCAGUUGUGUUGGAUGACUCCCCUGGCACAUUUACCGCGCUAGAGCUCGUCGCUCAACUCCAGACUAAUCUCAAGGCGAAAUCAGAGCCAUCCUCAACACAGAUGAUGGCAGCAUUAGCAGAUAUCCAUGACCAACUUAGUAUCAUCACGCCGCCUGAUCUCUCCAGCCUUAACCUAUUAGACUCUGCUGCGCAAACAGGAGUAGCGUUUGACAUACCUGUACCUCGAUCCGCCACUGCAGAUUACAACCCGUCGCUAGAUACACCUGUCGACCUGUCUGUUAUUAGCGAGGAACUGCCCGUCUUUUGGAAAGAAGGCGACGACAUGGGCCGCGACCAAGCCAUGCGCACCAUGCUUAGAUCGUUUCGCACAAACGACAUGUUUGCAGGUAACUCCGUCGACGUCUUGAUGGACAAGACAUUUAACAAGCGGCCGCCUAGGCCAACAUCAUGA